AUGACCAGCACGGGAGUUUCCGAUAUUCCGCUUAGCGCACACUGCAAGCGAGCACACAGCUCUUUCGAUCUCAGCCUUUUCAACUGGAAUAACACACCAGAUAAAUUCUCCAGCCGACAGCAUCACGACCACUUCGACAAGAUGUCGCAACCCACGAAGCAAGGAUUCGUUCCCCAGGUCGGCCAGCAAAAGUGCGCGAUCUGCGACAACAUCCUGGCAAACCCCACCGACACUCGCUGCGGCCACCACUGCUGUCUCCACUGCCUGAGAGGCUACGCAGCCGCCGACGGUACCUGCCCUGUAUGCGGCUCGGAGCUGUACGAUGGUAACAGAACUACUGCGCGACCCACCGCCUCCGCCGCUACCCAAGACCACGUUCAGACCGCCCCAGCCUUGGCACCAGCCUUUCCACAAGGCCAGCUCACCGGCGACCCAACACUUCCGCAGUACAUGCAGCCUGGCGCAUCUUGGGGUAGCCUAACCAUCGCACCCGCACUGCCAGUGUACAACAGUUUCGGGUCAGCAUCGCAAGGCCAGCGCAACGAGACAGGCGAUGACCAGGCCAACCAGGACAGCCAAGAGCCAGAGGAAGACGCUCGAGAGGCUCAGCACAAGGAGGAAGAUCAACUCUAG